UUCUCCUUGUCUUCUUAAUACCUUUCCUUGUUUAAAGUAAAAAAAAAAAAAUGCCAUUUUUUGGUUUUUGUUUUGUUUGUUUACGCUUGAUCCAUGUGCAGGAUUUAUUAGCUCAAUUGGCUCUGAAGAUUUUAUCAGUAUUCCGGUGAGCAAAAUGGUUUCUAACCUGUUGAAAUUGCCUUGAUAUGACAGAACUGUCAUCCAGGUGUGAUUCCUAACCUUUUGUUGUGCUAGGAUAAUUGACGCCCUACAAAUGGGUGUUGAUCUCUCGGAUCGCUCAACCCAGUUGUAUAAUUGUGUGGAGAGCAGUCUGUCUGAUUGGAAUGUAAGUAGACUGGAUCAGGAGGAUUACAUCCUCCAAGAGAUUGCCAUCUUCUAAUUCGAGUACAUCCAGAGGACAAAUAGGAAAGAUCUCUCUGAGUGUAUGAAAUUUGUAUUGCACUUUAGACUCUAAUAACAUGUUUUAAGUAGAGUGCCAGUAGCUAGGAUUUCAGGGUUAAAGAUUUAACUCAUUGUGGAUCUGCAUGUUUAUUUAAAUUACUAUUUAGGUUUAGAUAUUCUAUUUAAGAUUGUCGGGGAAGAAGGCAGUAUUACUUUUAAUGAUCUGCUUUGUUUAAAAACAAAUGUCUAAUCAUAGGGUGUGUUCAGGUCUCCAAUUUUGUGCUCUGAUCAUCUGACUGAAGUAGUAAACUGGAUUCUUUAUGAUGUCACUGACUUCCCUGUGAAGUCACACCAAAGACAAGAUUUUCUUAAACUGUACAGCAAUAUUUCCAAAUGUUAUGACCCUAUCCUUUCUUAAAGUAGUUUAACUUCCUACUUUGUGCUAGGCUCUCAGGAAUUACUUUAACUAGCAGAAAUGUGUAUCAUUACAAUGGAAGGCAAAGUUCCCCAAGGUCUGAAAAAAAGAAGGAGGGGGGAUGAGGGAGAGGAAGAAGAGGAAGAGGAGGAAGAAGAGGAAGAAGAGGAGAGGAAGAGGAAGAAGAGGAGGAAGAGGAGGAAGAGGAAGAAGAAGAAGAGGAGGAGGAGGAGGAAGAGGAGGAGGAGGAGGAGGAGGAGGAGGAGGAGGAAGAAGAAGAAGAAGAAGAAGAAGAAGAAGAAGAAGAAGAAGAAGAAGAAGAAGAAGAAGAAGAAGCAGAAGCAGCAGCAGCAACAACCACAAGAACCCCCACCAGAUAAGGAUUUAUAGACAACAGAGGUGGUUGGUUAGCUGUUGCUGUUAGCCUGCAGUCCUCUCCCAGGUUGCUGUACACUGGAGAAAAUUGAAUGGCUGAGAAACAGUUACUGCUUACAAUCAUGCUGUUCUCCCUGACACUGCCCAGCUUGGUGAAAGCGAAUGACCUGCUGCAGACAUUUAAGACUGCCUCACCCUGUCAAGAUGUCAAACAGCUGACUAAUGGAGUGACCAUGGCACAAGUUCUUCAUCAAAUUGACGUAGCUUGGUUCAGCGAAUCUUGGUUAAGCCGAAUUAAAGAUGAUGUUGGAGACAACUGGAGAAUAAAGGCUAGUAACCUAAAGAAGGUCCUCCAUGGAAUUACAAGUUACUAUCAUGAGUUUUUGGGGCAGCAGAUUUCUGAAGAACUUAUUCCUGAUUUAAAUCAAAUAACUGAGAGCUCAGAUCCUGUGGAGCUUGGGAGAUUGCUUCAGCUAAUUCUAGGAUGCGCAGUCAACUGUGAGAAGAAACAAGAACAUAUUAAAAAUAUAAUGACCCUGGAAGAAUCUGUUCAACAUGUGGUCAUGACUGCAAUUCAGGAGUUGAUGAGUAAAGAAAUAGUGAGCUCUCCUGCAAGUGACGCUGUAGGAGAAUUAGAGCAGCAGCUAAAAAGGGCUUUAGAAGAGCUUCAGGAGGCCCUAGCAGAAAAGGAAGAGCUGAAGCAGAGGUGCCAGGAACUGGAUAUGCAGGUAACUGCACUUCAGGAUGAGAAGAAUUCCCUGGUCUCUGAGAAUGAGAUGAUGAAUGAAAAGCUUGACCAGUUGGAUGGCUCUUUUGAUGACCCAAAUACAAUGGUUGCAAAGAAGUAUUUUCACGUACAGCUGCAACUAGAACAAUUACAAGAAGAAAACUAUAGACUUGAAGCUGCAAAAGAUGAUUACCGUGUUCACUGUGAGGAACUGGAAAAGCAGCUGAUUGAAUUUCAGCACAGGAACGAUGAGCUGACGAGCCUUGCUGAGGAGACCAGAGCCCUAAAAGACGAGAUAGAUGUUCUUAGGGCUACCUCAGACAAAGCAAAUAAGCUGGAGUCAACAGUGGAGGUGUAUCGUCAGAAGCUCCAGGACCUAAAUGACCUCCGCAAGCAGGUGAAAUCCUUACAGGAGACAAAUAUGAUGUAUAUGCACAACACUGUGAGCUUGGAAGAAGAGCUGAAGAAGGCCAAUGCAGCUCGUGCACAGCUAGAGACCUAUAAGCGCCAGGUUCAGGACCUUCACACUAAGCUUUCCUCUGAAUCCAAAAGGGCAGAUACACUAGCAUUCGAAAUGAAGAGGCUUGAAGAGAAACACGAAACUUUACUCAAGGAAAAAGAGCGAUUGAUAGAACAGCGUGACACUCUGAAAGAGACGAAUGAGGAGCUGCGGUGCUCAAAAGCACAACAAGAUCACCUAAAUCAAGCUGAUUCAUCUGCUACAAAAAGUUAUGAAAAUCUUGCUGCUGAGAUCAUGCCAGUGGAGUACAGAGAGGUGUUCAUUCGACUCCAGCAUGAAAACAAAAUGCUUCGCCUGCAGCAAGAAGGGACGGAGAAUGAGCGCAUCGAGCAGCUGCAGGAGCAGUUGGAACAGAAACACCGCAAGAUGAACGAGCUGGAAACUGAGCAAAGGUUGAGCAAAGAGCGCAUUGGAGAACUACAGCAGCAAAUUGAGGACCUCCAGAAGUCGUUACAAGAACAGGGCUCUAAGUCUGAAGGUGAAAGUUCCAGCAAAUUAAAGCAGAAGUUGGAAGCUCAUAUGGAAAAACUAACAGAAGUCCAUGAAGAAUUACAGAAGAAACAGGAGCUCAUUGAAGACCUUCAGCCAGAUAUAAGUCAGAAUGCCCAAAAGAUCAGUGAACUUGAAGCGGCUCUUCAGAAGAAAGAUGAAGACAUGAAAGCGAUGGAGGAGAGAUACAAAAUGUACUUAGAGAAAGCCAGGAAUGUCAUUAAAACUUUAGAUCCCAAAUUAAAUCCAGCAUCAGCAGAAAUAAUGUUACUGAGAAAGCAGCUGGCGGAGAAGGACAGAAGAAUUGAAAUUCUAGAGAGUGAAUGUAAAGUGGCAAAAUUCAGGGAUUAUGAGGAAAAACUCAUUGUUUCUGCCUGGUAUAACAAGAGCCUGGCCUUUCAGAAACUGGGCAUGGAAUCUCGGCUGGUGAGCGGUGCUAGUGCUUGCAAAGACAGCGUCGCGGCUGCUCCCGCGCGCUCCUUCUUAGCACAGCAGCGGCACAUCACCAGCACCCGAAGAAACCUCUCUGUGAAAGUCCCAGCUGCGGCGUCUGACUAGUCUGCAAAGCAAACACAACAGAAGUGCCUCAGAAUGUCUGUACCCCAAGGAACUACCAGAUAGAAAACAAAGGUUAAGAUGCUUGGUAGCAGCUAGUUUUAUUUUGGUUUCGCUUUGAGACAGGGUCUCAUAACCCCAAAAUGGCAUAGAAUUCACAAUAUAUUCAAGGAUGAUCUUGAACAUCUGAUCAAUCCUUCCUACCGUUCCUGUGCACUGGGAUUAAUAGACAACACUUGUAGACUACCGUAUCAAGUUUAUAUAGUUCUAGGGAUCAAAAUCAAUUGCUCUACUAAUUGAGCUACCUUCCCAACCUCAGAAUCAACUGUAUUUAAGUCAAAAUAUAUCAAAUCAACAUUUCCAGCUUACUUAGAAAGCAAAGUACAGACUCAGCUCUGUCUCUGGGCAGCACAUUGGAGUAGUUGGAAGUGUGAUGAAGUAAAUACUUGUCUUGAAAUGGCAUCAUCAUCAUCAUCAUGUGUGGGAAAGCAAAUGCAGAUUCCAACUUUGUUUUUAGUUGUGACAGCAAGUCAGUUAAUUUGCAAGAAGUAAUCAGUAGUUUGUCAUUUACUAUCUAGAUUAACCUUAUGGAAAAGUUUCCAGUUAGGCAUGUGGUGAAAAACUGUUGCAGGUGAAUUCCUUAGACUGUUGUGUAGUUGCCUCUGUAGUUAAUUCUGCCCUCUAGAGGAUGCUUCGGGUGCUGUGGAAACGACAGAGCUGGGAAACUGCUGUUGUAGUGACUUUGUCCUUAAAAGUGACAAACGCGCAGCUUCUCUGAGUUGGAUGCCCCUUUGAACAUGGAUUGCUGUGAAUGAGUGUGGACCAAAGGGUUAAGAUGGGAAAUAAACUGACAUUUAUAUUUCUGAUGAAAAGCAAACUACACUUUGAAAUGUCCACAUGCCUUUAAGUAUGCACUGUUGUGGGCUUUGCUUUCUAAGAAGAAAUUUUGCCUCUUUAUUGAAAAGAAACAGUGAUGAAACAGCUUAUAGCCAGAUUGGUUUCUGCUUUCCUCUAAGGAGUGUCUGGAGCUGUAUUUGUGGCAUUCAGUUCAUGUCUGCCCAAGGAUGUCUGUUCCAGAGGUGUUACUUUCCAAUUUGGGGUCACUUUUUAAAGUCACAGCUUUGGAAUAUUAGUUGUUAAAUCAGUAUUGCUUAAUGUAGCCACAAAUGGUUCAUUCUUGUGUUGGUCACACUUCCAACACUUACUAGCCACAUUUUUCUCUCAUUGUUGAGAGUUCUUGUGCAGUGAGUCACAGUAAGUCUUGGUUUUUGAUGACUUCCUUAGACUACAAAUGUAGGAAGUGUACAUCCAUUUCCCAUGUACAGAGGAAUCAGAUGGUGACAAGAGCGUAGCAAACACAAGUGAGACAACGUUGUGUCUACCCCAAACAUUCCCAAUCAUAAUGUGAAGGAGCAAACUUGUGAGCUGCUUGAUCCUUGUGAAUCAGCUCCUCACCUCUGUCCUCGUAGCAUAAAAGAAGGGAGUUGUCAUAUGUAAGCAAAAUGGGGUGGUGGUAGCUGAGUAAGGCAGAUUGAGCUGGCAGGCUGUGGGGCUGUGGUCUACAUCUAAUUCUUAGUCCUUUGCAGAUAUGAGUAUUGUUCUAUUUGCAGUAUUAACUCAUUUAGAUAACUGCCUAUAAAUCCUUGCACAGUAACUUUUAACCUCUUAAAAUAUAAGAAUUUCACAGUGAUUUGGGGUCUUUGAGAUUAGUGGCAUCUGCCAGGAUAUUUUGUUUUAUCAGGGUUCCUUCUGUUGACUACCUCUUAGAUUUUGAUGAUUCUUGUCUGUAUUUUACACUGUUGGUUUGUAUUUUGUAUGUUCUUACAGUGUCUGCUUGCCUAUGUCUUUUAGUGAAAUAAGACUUUGAAAUUAUUAGCAUGCUAUUUAACAUUUUUCUAAAAAUUAUGACAUUUGGGUAUAUUUUUGUCAAUGAAGACAUUGAUGGUAGUGUUUGUAUUUGCUUAUAAUUGAGAUUUUAUAAGUACCCUUUUAAUGGAGCUGACUGUAAAACAUCAACUUCAAUAAAUUUGUUUCUAGUACAAUUGCUCAUAAAUUUCUAAGUAAGUAAUAUAGCACAAAUAAGGACAUAAGGAUGAUUUCUUUUUUCUUAAUUAAAAAAAAGCAAAUUUUCUGAUUUUUCUAGUUUUAAGUAGAAUUUUGAAUGUUUGAUACAUGUUUAUACAAAACUAGUGUAAAGUUCUAUAUCAUCUAGAUUAAUCACAGAAAUCCAGGCUGUGAUCAGGGUGAGAUUCUUUCCUUGUAUAGUUUAUGCAGUGAGACUGGUGCCCUACCAGGUAGAAGUCAGAUCUGGAACCAUGCUUUUCCAAGAGGAUUGAAGGGAAGAUUGAAUGCAUAAGCAGGGGUUUGUCCCAGUGACUAUAAAGUUAGAAACAACCUUGAAUUUCAAGUGGUUGUCCUUGGAGUGAUACUCCUUUCUCUUUUUGGAUAUAAUUAUGACACUGAUGUUUAUCUUGGGAUUAACUUAAUGUAUUGAGACAUAUUUGAAGUUUAUUCUAUUUUUUUAAUGAUUUGACUAAUGAUUUAAUGUAAGUAAAAAAUGUCUUGCCUAGCAACCUUUAGCUGAGUAUACUUUAAUAAUAAAUAUCUGGUCUUUGAUGACUGGAUGUUAAAAACUUCACAACCACAUGUACUUCUGUAUAAUGGUGUAUCUGGCAUUUUGGGGAUGAUGGUGGUUUGGGCCAGAGUACUGACAUUUUGUGUAAAAAUGAAUGUAUAUGGCUUGUUAUACAUUCAGUCUUACUGUGAUCCUGUUUGUUGCACAGAAAUAGUUUGGACAUUUAUAAAGCACAAGUCAUCAGAGGAAAUAGUGUGUAGUUAUUAAACUUGAGGAAGUUUCAGUGUAGCGUUUAGUUUAUUCAAAAGGUCCCUUCUAUUUUCUAUGGCAAAUGCUGUCACACUUGAAAACUAGAAGCAAUACUUGAUUUAUUUUUGUAAGUAUUUAGAAUAUUAUUUUAAAUAAAUAAUUGUCAAUAUAAUUGUGAAAUGUUUUAAGUAAAUAAACGUCUGCUUCUGAGUCA